CUGUAGUAAACAAUCUCUGUUGGUGUGAACCACGCAGAUCAAAGAAAAACAAAUCAAAACCACAAAUAUGAUGCAACAAAACCUCAGUCAUUCAUCAAGAUCAAAAUACCUAAAUAACCUUGAAGACUUUCUGGAAACAGCAAGAGACAGUUUGAGAAAUUUUACAGAGACACUGGGAUGGUCUGAAAUAAAGGAUGUGACGGAUGUGCCUUCAAAUUCAGGUAUGACUAGAAGCCCAGAAAAGAGUAAUGAAUUCAAUGAUGAGCCUCUGUUGCCCGCAUUACCAGUAAAAGGAGUGUCUGCUGUUACUAUAGAUGCUGAUGUACAAAGGAAUGUAUUAGCAGCUUACAGGAGACCAGAUGCACCUGAUCUAAGGCAACCUCCGCUAGCAGCUGGGGAGUUGAUUGCCAAUUUCUCAAGGCAAGAGCGGCUGGCAUUGUAUGAAUACACCUUGCAGAAUGCAGCUGGCAUGGCCCCUCCACCAGAGCUCUCCAUGAUGGAGAAUGCAUAUAAGAAGGAGGCGCAGCCAAAGGAGUUGUCUGGCCUUGAGUUGGCAAAGGCAAUGAGGGAUUUCAAGAGACGACGACAGGCAUAUAGAACGAAGGUCUCAACAAAAAACAAAAGUCAUACAGAAGUGGCCAGAGAAAUAAUACACAACAUGAUGGUGUUUAUAGGAGCUACAGAUUUAGAAACUGAUGCUCCCCACCAAACUUCUGAACCCCGAGAUGAAAUUGGCAAGGAGGAACAGCAUCCCAGUGACCAAAAGGAACACAGCAGCCAGAGCAAGAAAGAGAGUGCUAGUUCUUCCAGAGGGGAGGAAGACAGCAGCCCAUUUAGAAGGUCUCAUGAUUGUGGUGAUGGGAGAGACAGGCGAGAUAGGCGAAAAGAGCAAGAGGGUGACAGUAGAUAUGAUAGAAGAGUAAACAGACAUGACAGCAUUGAGUCAAGGAAGAGAAAUAGAGGAGAAGGUAGAGAACAAGAAACGGCCUAUAGAAGGACAAACAGCCGUGAGAGGUGCGAUUACGAAGCGAGGGAAUAUAGAAAAAACAACAAAUGGGAAGGCAAUUUUGAUGAGGUAUAAAAGAACAGGAUAAAAGAUGCAUAAAUGAAUUUGAAAAAGAUUAUUACAAGGAAAGAAAGGAAAGGGAAAGACACAAAUAUUACUCAGAAUACUACCAUACAGAAGAAAAAGAGAGGAAAUAUGAGACAGAGAGAGAACAAUAUUCAGACAAGUUGGAAGGUAAAUAUGGAGAAAGGAAUGAGAAAGAAUUCAAGAAGAGAAUUAAAGUUGAAAAGGAUACAGAGGAUGGAGAGCUAUCAAGCUCAGAAUCAGAGAGGAGGGGCAGCUCAGAUGAAGGAGAGAGCACCUGGACAGACCGCAUCCAAAAGCUCGCACAGACAUUCCAGUAAAUCAGACAGUGAGAAUUUGUCAUCUGAGGAAGAGGAUCAGAGAUAUGAAAAAGUUGAAGGAUAUGUGAAAGAAGAAAAAAAAUAGCAGCAUUUACAAGUUUUUGAUAUGAGCACAUAAAAGAGACUGCAGUAAAUGCUCAGUCUAUUUUCUCAAUACCUGUAAUAUGUACAAGUUAUCAUAAAUAUUAAAUGUAAUUAUUCCUUUAAUAUUGUAUCAUGGACAUCACUUGCCUAGUCAUCUGAGAAAGUCCUAUUUUAAAAAGACCUUUUUAGGAUUUUAAAGAUUAUUCAUGGAAUGUUUUAUUCUAAUACUGGAUGAUGUAUUUUGAACUAAAUAAAGAGAGAAAUUAAAAUUUC